ACCAAAAUUUAUCUAUUCACAUCUUAUUAUUCAGAACAUCACGGCUGAGUGUCUGCAAUUUCAGAAAAUAACCGUUAGCCCGGGAAACCCUAGAACUACGAAUUCAUGCCCUAAAACAGUAAUCAGUGCUGUACAAUCCGCCAAAAUUCGAUUCAAAAGAUGAGCAACAGAGGCAAUAACAGUGGAAGCGGUACCAACAGCAACACCAAUUCCCCCAAUCGCCCUGAAUGGUUGCAACAGUACGAUUUGAUCGGUAAAAUUGGUGAAGGAACUUACGGCCUCGUCUUCUUAGCCAAGAUCAAAUCAAAUCGGAGCAAGUGUAUUGCGAUUAAGAAGUUUAAACAGUCUAAAGACGGUGAUGGUGUUUCCCCCACUGCUAUUCGUGAAAUUAUGUUGCUUAGGGAGAUAUCGCAUGAGAACGUGGUAAAGUUGGUGAAUGUGCACAUCAAUCAUAUAGAUAUGUCUCUCUAUCUGGCUUUCAGUUAUGCGGAGCACGACCUCUAUGAAAUUAUUAGGCAUCACAGGGACAAGGUGAACCAAGCGAUCAACCAAUACACAGUAAAGUCAAUACUAUGGCAGUUGCUUAACGGGCUGAAUUAUCUUCAUAGCAACUGGAUUAUGCAUCGAGAUCUUAAGCCCUCCAAUAUUUUGGUGAUGGGUGAUGGAGAAGAACAAGGCGUUGUAAAAAUAGCUGAUUUUGGACUUGCUAGAAUAUAUCAAGCACCACUGAAGCCGUUGUCCGAUAACGGGGUUGUUGUAACUAUAUGGUAUCGUGCACCAGAGUUGCUUCUUGGGGCAAAGCACUAUACUAGUGCUGUUGAUAUGUGGGCUGUUGGCUGUAUAUUUGCGGAGCUUCUGACGUUGAAGCCAUUAUUUCAAGGACAGGAAGUAAAGGCCACACCAAACCCUUUUCAGCUUGAUCAGCUCGACAAAAUUUUCAAGGUUUUAGGCCAUCCGACUGUAGACAAGUGGCCAACACUGGCUCAUCUUCCACAUUGGCAGACAGAUCAGCAGCACAUUCAAGGGCACAAAUAUGACAGUCCUGGGCUUUACAGCGUUGUUCAUCUCUCUCCAAAGAAUCCUGCAUACGAUCUUCUAUGUAAAAUGUUGGAAUAUGAUCCCCGAAAACGUAUAACAGCAGCACAAGCUCUUGAGCAUGAGUAUUUUCGCAUGGAACCAUUACCGGGACGCAACGCACUGGUACCGCCUCAACCUGGGGAGAAAAUCGUCAAUUACCCAAUCCGUCCAGUGGACACAAACACAGAUUUCGAGGGCACAGCAAGUUUGCAGCCUGCUCAACAGGCGUCAGGAAACCAAAUGUCGGGGGGCUCACAUGUAAUGGCAAAUAGAAACGUUCAACGGCCAGUUCAUAUGGUUGGUGGGAUGCAAAGGAUGCAACAGCAGCAGAGUAUGGCGGCCUAUAAUCUUGCCUCACAGGCGGCUGGGAUGGGUGGUGGCGCAAUGAAUCCCGGGAAUAUCCCAAUGCAGCAGCGGGGUGUUGCCGCCCAGCCUCAUCAACAACAGCAGCAACAGCAACAGUUAAGAAGGAAGGACCAAAUGGGGAUGCCUGGAUAUCCGCAACAGAAGUCAAGGCGUUUUUAAGGGAAUAUGAAGUCGUCAAGUGAUUUCACUUUUCAGCAAUAUGCAGACUUCAAAAUGCUGUCUGCUGGUGUUGUAUGCCUGAUAUUGCCACUUGUAUAUGGUAAUAAUUUAUAAAGAUAUUGUUGUAAAAUCCUCAAGGGGAUUUUUUAUGUUCGACUUCGUUAAUUAGAAGCAUUAGCAAUCAUCUUCGAUUUUUUUUUUC